GCCCACGUAUCACGUGACGCACUUCCCAUCAGGUAGUUGUGCAAGCCGUAGGAAAAAGUUGAAAAGAACAUGGCAAGCGCGCUGAAGGAGGACCUAUCCACCGUCCCUCUGGUCGCCCUCAACAUGACGGUGAGGAGGAAACUGGGUCUUUACCUGAACCCGAAAACCGUGGUGGCCGCCGACUGGACGAUGGUGGCCGAGGCUAUGGGCUUCUCUUACCUGGAAAUCAUCAACUACCAGACGGCACCCAACCCCAUUUUGCGGGUGUUGGACGACUGGCAGGCGGCCUCCUCCGAGGCUACUGUGGGCAGCUUGUUGUCCAUCUUGGAGAAAUUGGAGAGAAACGACGUCGUGGAGGAUCUUCGUCCUCUCAUGGAGGAGGACGUGAAGAAGUAUCAGGAGAGUGUAAAGAAGAUGGCCGUGCGACCCUUGCAGGUCCAGGAGGUGGACAGCUGCGCCCCUCUUACCCCCGAAAGGGCCGGCCUCACCCUCGAAGAUGAUCCCAACGGUUCCCCCGAGUUGUUCGACGCCUUCAUUUGCUACUGCAAAAGCGACAUUUCAUUCGUGCACGAAAUGAUCUGGGAGCUGGAGCAAACGGAUUACAAGCUGAAGCUAUGCGUUUUUGAUCGCAACGUCCUGCCCGGAUCGUGCGUGUGGACCAUCACCAGUGAGCUUAUUGAGAAGAGGUGUAAGAGGGUGGUGGUUGUGAUCUCCGAUGAGUACCUCGAAAGUGACGCCUGUGACUUCCAAACCAAGUUUGCUCUCAGCCUGUCUCCUGAUUUUGUGCAUCCUUCUGCUGUUACAGGAGCUCGGCAUAAACGACUCAUUCCCGUUGUUUACAAGUCUAUGACAAAACAGUUCCCGAGGAUCCUCAGCUUCCUAACUGUGUGCGACUACACAAAUCCGUACACAAAAAACUGGUUUUGGGAACGGCUGGCCAAAGCGCUUUCACUGCCAUAGUUGUAACAGUUUUCAAUGUGUUUUUAAAGGUGCUUUUAUAUCAUUACAGCUGUAAAGAAAAUGUUGAACGAUGAAAUAUACAGUAGUUUUAUGUCCUUUCAAAUGUGAUUUAUAGUUACUGUGAAAGACAGUAUAUUUUUUUCAUUUUUAUUGUAAACAUCGAAAGCCGCAAAUAUUCUGAAGUUACUCUGCUCUUCCUAUUUCAUUGUCUGCAUGAGAUUACUGCAGAAAAGGAAGUGUUAAUGUGGAAGCAGCCCACUUCCACAUUUGACUGCAUAUUUUUACAGCCAGAGCUUUAUUUUUCAUGUUGUAUUUGUAUAUGGUCUCUUUUACAGCAAAUUUUAUACAUAUAUUUUAGAGAUGUGACUGAAAAUUCGGCGCCGAAAAAGCUCAAAAUUGCAUUUUCGGUUUUCGGGUAAUGGACCAAAAGUUUACCACCGAAAAGUGCGACGAACCGUAGUCCUCUUGUGAUGACAUCAUCAAAACACAGUAAAAAGCAAAACUACAUGCCACAGCCAUACACAGCCAACAUGUCCAGGGUUUGGAAGUAUUUUGAGGUAUUGCAGAAAUAAAUAAAUUAUUAAAUAAAGGAAAAUAAAUUUACUUCAUCGCUGCUUAACGCACAUUCCAAAGUUGCUUUCCAUUGAUGUCACAUUGAGUACAGUGCAUUUGAGCCCGUGCAUGUGAGAGUAGUUUAAUCAAGUGAGCAGUAUACAAAUAAAGUAGUAUUUAAAUGCA